ACAUAGGUGGACAGGUCGGUAUGAGGCUCAUCUCUGGGAUAAAAGCACUUGGAAUCAGAAUCAGAAUAAGAAAGGAAAACAAGUGUACCUAGGUGCUUAUGAUGAGGAGGAGGCUGCAGCUAGAGCAUAUGAUCUUGCUGCUCUAAAAUACUGGGGUGCUGGGACACUCAUCAAUUUUCCAGUCACAGAUUAUGCAAGAGAUCUUGAAGAGAUGCAGACAAUCUCAAAGGAGGAUUAUCUUGUGUCUUUAAGAAGAAAAAGCAGUGCUUUUUCAAGAGGAUUUCCAAAAUAUCGUGGACUUACCAGACAACCCAACAAUAGUAGGUGGGAAGCAUCUUUUGGACCUAUGCAAGGGAAUGAUUACUUCAGCAACUGUAGUACAAGUAGCGAUGCAACUACGGAUGCACGAUAUUCUGGUAUUGCUGGAACGGAAAGGAAAAUAGAUUUAACAAGUUACAUAAGGUGGUGGAUGCCAAAGAAGGUUCAUCAAACAGAAUCAGCCUCCACUGAAGAUGUUGCUCGGGAACUGAAAAUGUUGGAAUGCUCAGCGCAGCCAACUGAACCUUAUAAGCUUCCUUCCCUUGGCUAUCCUCUCAAGGGAAAACCUUCCCCACAAAGCUUGUCAGCUUGUAGUAUAUUGUCCCAGUCUGAUUCCUUCAUGAGUUUUGUAGAGAAAUCAUUGAACUCAGAAGAGAAUAAGAAUGAUCCUUCACAAUUAAAAAUCCAUCAAGAGUCUGUUCCUUUGUUCUCCAAUUGUGGGCUUGGCAUAUCCGGUGUGAGCUUGGCAUUUAACGAUUUGCCUGUGCCUAGAACAGCAUACCAGAUGGCUCUUCUGUCGGCACCUCUGAGGACUAACUAUUCUGGUGAUACAGUUACUGAGCCUCUAUGGACGAGUCUUGUGCCACCAUCUGAACAAUCUACUGAAACAACAUUUAGGAAGAAAGAAACUGAUAGUUCAUCAUAUGCAUACCAAUGCCAAGAAUGACACUCAAGGAUAUCAAAUUUUAUAAUUGGUCUUGAAACGUUGCAUGUUGUGGAUUUAGUGUUCUUGGUUAAUUUGAUUGUGAACUGAAACGAGGCAAAUUGCGUGAAGCUGCAAUUCUCAUCCAUUCUGCUGUUUUGAAAGAGAUGUUCAGAUGCACAACAGACAUGGAAGAAUCUGAAUAUUUCUUCAAGGGUUAUGCAUACAGGGAAUAAGCUAUAGGAGCCAUGAGAAAUGUUUUCAUAGUGAGAUGUAAGGUUAGCAUUACUUCUGAUGAUUCAUUUUCUUUCUUUUAAAAUUAUUAUAAUUAAAAGUUUAGUCUACUGCUUAGUAUUA